UUUAGCAUUGUUCUAUACCAUUUUCAUGAUAGGAAUGGAAAUGGCGGUGCCAGAGAAUAAAACAAAAUCGACUUCAAAAGAAAUAGAAUACAUAAGGCUACCGCCAUCGUUAACUACCAAUAUAACAAAAUGUCGCCCAAUGUGCCGAAAAUUUUGCCCGCAUGGAUACGUGACAGAUUCCGAUGGCUGUCCUUCUUGCGAAUGCCGACCUGAUCCUGCUGACUGCCCGGGUUCUUGCUUGCUAUUUUGCACCUACGGAAACGAAUUGGACAAAUAUGGGUGCCCUGCGUGCACAUGCAAAUCUGAACCGGAUGCCAAAGAUGAUAAAGAUGGUGUUAAUAAAAUGGUGAACAAAAUAAAGGUCUUGUCUGCCACGCAGUGAAAUUUGAAAAAAAACCUCAAAACCGC